AUGAAAACACCAACACCCAUCAUGAAACCAUCAACACACAUCAAGAAACCAUUACGAAAAACUUAUCAACCCGUGAAGAGUUACGCUUCUGCGAAGGUCGUUAUACCCACUCCGGCAGAUGUUCCUUAUAAGGAGAGUUUGAAUUUCAACCUUGGGACUAACAAUAGGGUCACUUUUAAGGUGGAUGAGUCUCAAGUUCAGGAACCAGUGAACUACGAACAGACGACAGUAGAAGAGGAUAAAAUUCCUUUCUCCGAUGGAUCACCAAUUUUUGAAACCUCGGAACAGAUGAUCCAAAGCUUCCUCCGCCAAACACCAGUGGCUCCAGAGGAGCCUGCAGUCAUCCCCGACCUGGACCUCCCUGCCCGACUCCCGGUCACCUCACCCUCGUCUUCCUACGGCGUACCGAUCACAGCAGCGGCGCCGCCUCUCCCGGACUUCAACCGAUCUCUGCAUCUGCGUGUAGACCUGACUGUGCCGAGCUCCGACUACACUGAGGCUUAUGAUAUACAAUGGCACUCGGAGUCGAACACAGCAAAGACCGUGGUCGAGGACGGCAGCACUGUCAUCUACCGCGCACCGCUGGCGGACGGACGCAUCCAGUUCCUUGAGGAGGAAUGGCUGUACAAUUCUUACUUACAGAUCCAACGAGAACUAACGGACGGACAGGAGGUGCACCGCUGCACGCUGUCCCCGCUGAUGCAGGCCUCCCCCGAAGAUAACGCCUUCCCAGGACUACCAGCAUUUGACCAGUUUGAGUUCGUUGGUUACACGACCGCAGAGGGCCGAUCGCUAGUGGAGCGCUGGCGCCGCGUAGUCAAGGGUGGGCCAGGGGAAGGAGGCGCGGCGGAGGGGGAGUCCCUCACCGUCACGCACGAGAUGUUCAUCAUCAGGGAAAGGGGGCAAGCGGUGCCGCUCAGAUACUCAGUGGUGACUGACAGUUCAGUCCUCGGGCCCAACAGCGACAGUUACACCCACCGCUACAACUUGCUCGACGGACCAACCUCCGCAGUUCUCCCCGACAUGUCCCAGGAUUGCGACGUCUUCGAGAAGCACCCAGAGGAGCACAGUCUUCAGAAGAGGGACAUUGGCCUCGCGUCGAGGGUACUAGCAAAAUUUGACCCGAUCAGAGAAUUCGCUGGACCGACAAGGGAUAUUCGAUAUGACUCUAUAUUGACUGACUUCAAAAAUCAAUUCAAACGCAAAUACCUCGACCCGGCCGAAGAGGCCGUCCGCAAGAACCUCCUCGUCCAAUCCUCCCGCUUCAUCGAGGCAGGCAACCGUCUCUGCUCCGGAUUCAAAAUGGCCGCCAACUUCAUGGCAGACAGGCUAGACGAUGAGAUCAACCAGCUGUUCGGAGUUGAGGAGCCGCCAGAGGGCACUAGCGAGCCUGGACUUGUGCCGUUCCCGUACUCAGAGAGUGAAGUGAAGAGUAUCAAGUUGGAGGAUGAGUUCGAUUGGCGUCCGCUUGGUGCCGUUUCUCCUGUUCGCUGCUUGUGUUGGCUUAGUGUCAACAAAUCUAAAGUAAACGGUGACAUUUCCACAGUCCAAGAGACAACGUGCUCGUCUUGCUGGGCCUUCGCCGUGGCAGGCUCCACGGAGGGCGCGCUCUUCAAGAAGACCAACAAGCUGGUGCCGCUCAGCCCUCAGUGCCUCGUCGACUGCGGCAAACCGUUCGGGACGAACGGCUGUAAUGGAACGUGGCCCAGCUUUGCGUAUGACUACGUGAAGGCCCGCGGGCUGCCGGCGUGGGAAGAGUACACCAACUACCAGGCUAAGGUGUUGCAGUGCAAGGAUCAGACCGUGCCACCGGUGACGCACAUCAGCGGGCACGUUAACGUCACCGCCUUCAGCGAGAAUGCCCUCAAGGUGGCGAUCAAGAAUCACGCGCCGUCGGUCGUCAUAGUGGACGCGAAGGCGCAGAGCUUCAUCUAUUACAAGUCGGGAGUGCUGAAGGACAAGCGCUGCGGCGAAAACAAGCCUCGCCUCAACCACGCCGUCCUCGCCGUCGGCUGGGGCACCAAGGACCGCCCCCACUUCAUCAUCAAGAACACGUGGAGCGACAAGUGGGGGGAGGGCGGUUACAUCCGCAUCGCGCCUGACUCCUGCGCGGUUCUGGAGCGGCCAUCUUACUCGUUGGUCGAGGAACCGAACAUUGAUAGAGCGGAGCUGAGAGCGGCCGCGGCGAGCCUUAAAGCUUAGUUUUCGAUGCCAAAUCUGAUUAAAUUUUACCGUUUUGUUGCUCCUCCUGAGUCCCAGAAACUUUC